AAGGCGAGUGUCAAACAUGGCAGGUAGAACAGCGAAGCAGAGUCGCUCCGGUGCUGGCAAUUCUGGCCGAAAAGGUCCAGAUGACCAAGAAGAAGAAGAACAGCCACUUCAAGCCGUAUUAAUUGCAGACAGCUUCAACCGCAGGUUCUUCCCCAUCACCAAAGAUCAGCCCCGCGCGUUGUUGCCUUUAGCGAAUGUGUCCAUGAUUGACUACACAUUGGAAUUCCUCACCUCAACUGGAGUUCAAGAGACAUUCGUCUUCUGUUGUUGGAUGUCAACCAAAAUCAAGGAGCAUCUCUUAAAGUCAAAGUGGUGUCGGCCCACUUCUCCUAACACGGUGCACAUCAUCACGUCGGACCUCUACCGAUCCUUGGGUGACGUUUUGCGAGAUGUCGAUGCCAAGGCCUUAAUACGUUCCGAUUUUGUCUUGGUCUAUGGAGAUGUCGUGUCAAACAUUGAUGUCACCCAAGCACUACAAGAACAUCGACUAAGGCGCAAACUGGAGAAGAAUAUUUCAGUGAUGACCAUGAUCUACAAAGAAUCCUCACCCGGACACAAGUCCCGCUGUGCUGAAGAUGAUGUUAUGGUCGUCAUGGACAGUAAAAGCAAGCGUGUUCUUCACUAUCAGAAGACCCAAGGACUCAAGAAGCUCCAGUGUCCCAUGAAUAUUUUCCACAGUGGGAGUGAGGAGUAUGAAAUCCGACAUGAUCUUUUAGACUGUCACAUUAGCAUUUGUUCUCCACAGGUGGCGGAGCUGUUUACAGACAACUUUGACUACCAGACCAGAAAUGACUUUGUUCGAGGCUUAUUGGUCAAUGAAGAGAUUUUGGGAAACCAGAUUCACAUGCACGUCACUAAGGAUGGCUACGGAGCACGCGUUUCCAACAUGCUGAUGUACGACGCGGUCUCGUCGGACAUGGUCCGUCGAUGGGUAUAUCCUCUCACGCCAGAGGCUAACUUCGCCGGCCAGGAGGGCCAGCGCUGCACCCACUCCCGGCACAAUGUCUACAGAGGCCCUGGCGUCAGCCUCGGACACGGCAGCCAGAUGGAGGAGAACGUCCUGAUUGGUCGAGACACCAGCAUCGGCGGCAACUGCAUCAUCUCCAAUAGCGUCAUCGGAGCCAACUGCUCCAUAGGGGAUAAUGUGGUGCUGGACAGAGCCUACAUCUGGAGUAACGUCAACAUUGCCAGCAACGUGGAGGUGCAUCAGUCUGUGAUCUGCGAUGGUGUGGCAGUGAAAGAAGGCGUCACUCUAAAGGAGCAAUGUGUCCUUGCAUUUAAUGUGGUGGUUGGACCUAACCUUACCCUGUCAGAGGGGACUGUGGUGUCAAUGCAUCAUCCCGAUGAGGAGGAGGAAGAGGAUGACGACGAGUUUUUGAGUGAUGAUGCUGAGACAGGGCAUAGUAAAGGCGUGACAAAGCAGAAGGCAUUCAAUCCAUCUGAGGUGGGAGCAGAGGGCAAGGGCUACAUCUGGAAGAACCCCAGCCUGGAUGACACAGAGGAAGAUGAGCUUGCCCAGUGUCUAUGGGGUUUGGUACUAAACGCUGAGCAGGAGAGUGACAGUGAGAGUGAGGCUAGCGAGGGCUCCCAGGCCCCUGGCAGCAGAGGCAUGUCACCAGAGCUCGAUGAUGUCAAAGUAUUCCAGGCGGAGGUCCAAGGCACUCUGCAGAGAGGACUGGAGGAGAACAUUGGCUGCGAUAAUCUUGUGUUGGAGAUCAACUCCCUCAAGUAUGCCUAUAACAUCACCUUGAAGGAGGUCAUGCAGAUCCUCAUGAGGGUGGUGCUGGAGUACCCCUUUUACCAGCAGGGGGCGCAGCUGACCGCAGCUCAGUACACCACUCUACUCCUCCCACUUUUAAAGAGAUGGGCGCCUGUCUUUAAAAACUAUGUCAAGAGGGCUCAAGACCACCUGGACUGUCUGUCUGCCAUGGAAGAGUUCUUUCUGGAGCAUGAGGGUCACUGGGCAGCUCUGGUGAAGGUGCUGAUGAACACGUACCAGCUGGAGAUCCUGGAGGAGGAUGCCAUCAUGCGCUGGUUCUCCCAGGGGGCCUCCACAGACAAGAGCAAACUGCUGCGCAAAAAUCAAGGGCUUCUAAAGUUCAUCCAGUGGCUGGAGGAGGCUGAGGAGUCUUCAGAGGAAGAGGAUUGAAGUGGCAGCACUACCGACAGAGAACACACCACCCCUACAACCACUCAGUGAAGUAGCAGCACUACCGACAGAGAACAACACCCUACAACCAUUCAGCUUGGUACUCGGCAUGGAAUUGUUCAAACUUGGACAUCUGUGUGCACUCCGAUCACUAUGUUGCAUUCAUUGGCAUCUGCUUAUUAGUUUACCGCCAAUUAAUAAUUUCAAUGACAAUUUUUUUUAAAAGAGCCUUUUUACUGACUCCCAACAUCAGGGUUGCCUGGUAGUGUAGCUGCCUGACAUUCUUGCCAGCUGUUUGAUGGGUGCAACAGUUACAAUAAUAAAAUUGGGAAAAAUAUCAAAUUUGUAUACAGCUGUUACAUUCUAUUCACCAACAGAGGAGAAAAGAAUAUGUGUGAAUCUUAAAACAUGAUAAUUCAAAGACAUUAA